AUGUUUGCAAUGCAGGAUUGCUUCCUCUCUUCUCACACAGGAGCUGACAGCCGUUGUCCCAAUGAUUGGCUCUCCAAGUACAACCAUUGCUACAAGAUCUUCGAUGACCAAAAGAACUGGAACGAUGCAGAGAUGUUCUGCAGGAAACAGAAGCCAGGCUGUCACCUGGCUUCCAUCCAUAGCAGUGAGGAGUCAGCUGAUGUGGCCAAGUACAUCUCUGACUAUAUCAAAACUGGUAAAAGUGUCUGGAUUGGACUGAAAGAUCCAAAGAAAAAAGACAGAUGGGAGUGGACAGACAGAUCCAGAACCAACUAUCUAGCCUGGGCACCUGGGGAGCCCAGUUACACUGGGGACUAUGACUUCUGCGUUAACCUCAAGAACAGAUCAAAGUAUCGCAAAUGGGAUGAUUCUGACUGCAACAGGUUGCAUCCGUUCCUAUGCCAGUGCCCAUAACUCCUUUUCCUGCUCCACAAUGAUGAAGCCUGGAGAGGUAAGGAAGCCCACCCACCUACCGCAAUCUCUG